ACUAACAGCAAUGGUCGUUAUUACACGACACAACACAGCACAGUUAGUUCCAAAACUCGAAGCUCUCCAUUAAUGGAAACUCUAAACUCAUCUCUACACAGAACCCACUUCCUCAGUGCUCCUUUACUUCACUACUCUACAUUCAACCCCCAAGUUUACACUCUGUUUAAAAAACCAUCUCUUUCUUUCUCCAUUUCUUGCAAGCUCAAGACUUCUCAAGAUGUCAAAAAGAAAAACGAGAAUGUAUCCAAGAAGAUUGUGUUGUCGGAUACACAGCCACCGCCGUUGAAAAAUGAGGAAGCUUUGGGGAAAGUUGAGAGAACGAGAGGAGUUUUUGGGUUGGUUAAGAGGUUGCCUAGAAGGGUGUUGGCUGUUUUCUCUAAUUUGCCUUUGGCCAUUGGAGAGAUGUUUGCUAUUGCUGGUCUUAUGGCUAUUGGUACUGUGAUUGAACAAGGCGAGACACCGGAAUUCUACUUCAAUAAGUACCCUGAAGAUAAUCCUGUGUUGGGAUUCUUCACUUGGAGAUGGGUUCUCACACUUGGAUUUGAUCACAUGUUCUCAUCACCCAUUUUUCUGGGAUUGUUGGUUCUCAUGGGAUUAUCACUCAUGUCCUGCACUUACACCACACAGAUUCCCCUCGUUAAGGUUGCAAGAAGAUGGAAAUUUUUACAAUCAGCUGAGGCUAUCCGGAAGCAGGAAUUUUCGGACUCUCUGCCAAGAGCAUCUAUUCAAGAUUUGGGUGUUAUUCUUAUGGGAGCUGGAUAUGAGGUAUUCUUGAAAGGACCAUUCUUAUAUGCCUUCAAAGGGCUGGUUGGUCGAUUUGCCCCUAUUGGAGUGCACAUAGCGAUGCUGCUGAUAAUGGCAGGUGGAACUCUUAGCGCAACUGGGAGCUUCAGAGGUUCAGUUACGGUUCCACAGGGGCUUAAUUUUGUUAUGGGUGAUGUCUUAGGCCCAAUGGGGUUUCUGUCUACUCCAAUUGAUUCUUUCAACACCGAGGUUCAUGUCAACAAAUUCUACAUGGACUACUAUGACAGUGGAGAGGUGAAGCAGUUUCACACUGAUCUUUCUCUAUUUGAUCUUGGUGGGAAGGAGGUGAUGAGGAAAACAAUUAGUGUAAAUGACCCUUUAAGAUAUGGUGGGAUCACUAUGUAUCAGACAGAUUGGAGUUUUUCAGCACUACAGAUACUUAAGGAUGAUGAAGGACCUUUCAAUCUGGCUAUGGCCCCUCUAAAGGUCAACGGAGACAAGAAACUUUACGGGACCUUCUUACCUGUUGGAGAUGUCAAUUCUUCAAAUGUCAAAGGAAUAUCCAUGCUUGCUCGUGAUCUUCAAUCAAUUGUCAUAUAUGAUCAAGAAGGGAAUUUUGUUGGAAUCCGACGACCUAACUCUAAGCUUCCAAUUGAGGUUGAUGGCUCAAAAAUUGUCAUUGUAGAUGCUAUAGGGAGUACUGGUCUUGACCUGAAGACUGACCCAGGAGUGCCAAUUGUGUACGCUGGUUUUGGUGCUCUAAUGCUCACAACUUGCAUCAGUUACUUAUCUCAUUCGCAGAUAUGGGCCUUACAAGAUGGAACUACCGUUGUUGUUGGAGGAAAGACUAAUAGAGCCAAGGGAGAUUUUCCGGAUGAAAUGAAUCGCUUGCUUGAUCGAGUUCCAGAAAUAGUUGAAUCAUCUGUCUCCAAGCAAUCUGAUGGCAUUAGUGGCUAGUUUCAAAGUCGUGUGAUGUGAUGGACAGACAGAGCACUUAAGUGGGACUAUAUUAACUGCUAUAUGAAUUCUUGAGGUAAAAUCUAGAUAUUGUGUGACUUCGAUUUAGUUGUCCAGCCUGACAAAUAAGCAAGUUACUCCAUUACAAGUCAAUUCAUAUAGGUAGACGCAACAGCUCGGCAGGAGUCAAAAUUGUUUUUAUUCAUGUAUAGAAUGUAUAAUUAUGUCUGGGACCAUAAGUCUCAGCCUUGAGAUUACAUUUUCACUUUCUUCAUGUACAAGUUUUCAUAUCAGCCAUUAUUGUACCUACCAUACUUGACUUCAAGCUUUUUUGAAAGAUUCAUACCUUUGAAUACA